CAUAAAUCCCUUAGAGGAGCUGAAGCGAGGGAAAAAGAGGUGGCUGGGAGGGCAGGGAGGGCCAGCAGGACUAAGAGGGCCACGUGUGAAGGGGCCCAAGUGAAACCCUCGUCGCUGCUGUGUCUGAUCCAGGGUUCCGGGCCAAGAUGAAUUUCUUAUCUGUUCCAGAGACACCGAGGGAGUUGGAGGAGAGAGUCCCUGACAGGUCAAGUUUUCAAACAUUUACCACAAGCCACUUACCCUAUGCCAGAGAUGUCAAUGCUAAGAACUACCCCGUGUCUCCCUUGGUCUUUCACCCCUCCAAGGAGACUCUCAGGGCACAGAGGAGAAGCUCUUGGACCAGGAGAGGGGGGCAAGUGGAACCUCUCUUCCUCACCAUGACACAAUCCUGGGAGAAAGACCAAGGGAAGAAAUCCAGAUCUUACGCCAAAAUGCAGCGGGGCCAGAAGAAAAAUAUACUGGCUCUCUGUUGUGCUAAAACCAUGAAAAGCCUUUGCCACAUCCAGUCAAUUCUGAAGACGCUGGUCAAGAGUGAACCCUUUGAAGUCUUCACCUUCCUGGCAAUCUGUCUUAACUGCAUCGAACUAGUGUUCCAGACUUUUGCCGAGGUGGAGAUCUGGGGAGAAUGGUACUUUGCAGUUUUGGACUCUGUCUUCCUCUGCAUCUACUUUAUGGAGGCUGUGCUAAAGAUUCUGGUCUUUGGACUUGGUUACUUUCACAAAUGGAACAACCUAGACUUCGCCAUCGUGAUCAUGGCCCUGUUGGACUUUGUGCUCAAGCAGAUCUACUUCUCCUCUGCCAAGAGAUUGUCCGAAAGUAAAACUAUCUUCCGAGUCCUGAAGAUCUUCAAAAGUUUUCGAUCCCUGAGGGCCAUCAGGGUGCUGUGGAAACUCAAGUUCCUCACCAGCCUCAAGGCGGUGGCAGAGACUCUGGCCAGAUCAGCAUCAUCCAUCACAGCCAUCCUUGUCCUGAUGUUCACCUGCCUUUUCUUCUUCUCUGUGAUACUCCGAACCCUGUUCCAUGAGACAGACCCCAAGCGUUUCGAGAACCUCUUUACCACCAUCUUCACCCUCUUUACCAUGCUCACCCUGGAUGACUGGUCUAUAAUCUACUUGGACAGCCUGAGAGAAGGUGCCGGGUACAUCAUUCCUAUCCUCAUGGUCUACAUUGUCAUACAAUACUUGAUUUUCCUCAACCUAGUGAUAGCAGUGCUGGUGGAUAACUUCCAAAUUGUCCUCCGCAACAAGCAGGAAAGGGCGAAAGAGCAGAAAGAAGCCCUGAGGCAUGAGAAGCUUCUGGAUGAGUCUUUGACAAUCCUUGAAAAAGAAGUGGAAGAACAGAAGAGUGAUGUCAUUUUUCUAAAGACAAUUCAGAAGAGAUAUGGACACUUUACUCCUGCACAGAAGGACACCAUGAUCCACUAUCUCCAGCUGAUGGCUGCUGUUGAACAUCACCAGCAGAUGUUUCGCUCCCAGGCAGCAAUCAUUGAUGAGAUCAUCGAUACCGCGUUUGAGGUUGAAGAAGAUGAAUAGAGAAGUCACCAAAUACCUGGAGGAAACUCCUCGCCUGGGCCAGCGCAGCCUUGGAAACAGACUUCAGGCCCAGGACUGCCUGAACCCCACAUCCCAAUAGAGUCCUGAAGUCUGUUUAUAUCCUCUUGUCUCCUUACUGGCUGGGAAUCCAGUGGGGUCGGUGGGGAAGAGAUGGGAGAGGCCCCUGGACGCCAGCCCCCUCAGACUCAUCGGUCCAGGGGCUUCCUCUCCUCGUGCUGAGGGCAUCCAGCCUUGGCCUGUUUACCCAGCUGGGGGCCCGGGAUGGCCUGGGUGCCCUCCUUCCUGCAGGGCCUCCCUUUUCUGAGCCCAGAGUCCUGAGCAACCUAAAGGCCCAGACAGCAGAGGGCAGCUGGGGGAAUGGGCUGGGGGAGAGGAGCACCUAGAAAAGUUUCUGAUUAAAGCUUAGUGUUUAUGUAGCCUGUGAAGGUUUAGGCUGUAUGACUGUUUUCUCAUUUAAGCCUCAAAACAACCCUGGGAGGUGGGUGCUAUGGAUACCC